AUGUCCAUCCCCGCGGCUGAACGUCCCGCUAAUGUCUUAUGUCUCCCUCCCGAGCUUCUUGAGCAAAUAUUCUCCCACGUCCCCUACGAACACGUCAGAGAUGUACUGCAACUGCAACGCCACUGGAGAGAUGAUUACGUCCCACGAUCAUUCAAGCCGCAGCUCACUUUCGCUCACGUCUGCCGCGUUUGGCGCAACGUUGCCCAUGCCAGCCAGUACUGGCCCGGUGUUCGCUUGAACCUCUACGACAUCGAGCGGUUCAAGGAAGGCAUUGCUCAUGGGCAUGGCGAUGCCCUCCUGCACGUUCACAUCGACCCCAACCACAUAUAUGCUCUGGAUCCCGAGCGCCGAGAGUGGGCGCCCAUGCUUGCGCUUAAGCAACUCCCGCGUAUCCGCACGCUCUUCUUGCAGCUUAAAAACCAAGACUUCAGUCCAACAAUCGGCGACGUCACGGCGUAUACCCGUGCUUUGGGAGAUCUGGCUGCGCCUGAGUUGCAAGACUUCACAUUCGAGUGGUGGGCCGACCGCAUGAAAGAACCUUGCCCCCGCCUGCGCUAUCUCACGUUGUCGUUCUGCGACUUGACAACCCGCCAAACGGUUCUACACUCCGAUAACCUUGUCCGUAUCGAUCUCAGAAGCGUCCAUGUCUUCAAUGACAUCGACGAACUCGUGGAUACCGUUUCACGAUGGAGGCAUCUUCAAUGCCUGAAUUUGGAAAGGUGCCAAAUCAUCAGCCCCAACGGUCGUGUUGUGCUCUCUAAACGCAGCGCUGUCCAUCUACCCGAGUUGAGAGAACUUCUCAUCUCGGAUAUUGCCGCAAACGUCUCGGCGUUCUUAAAACACGUCACCUUCCCUCCCACCACCACGGCCGACCUUGUGUUUUACGGACCGGAUGCCACACCAGAAUCCGUUGUACUUCAGACCAGAGACGCAAUUCGCCACCAUUUUGACUCGCCUGAGGGCCGUUCGCUCAUCUCCUCCGCCUAUGGCUUCACUAUCACAUACCCACUUGGCUAUGGCAUACAAUUCCGUGCGCCUGAAAAACGCAAACCUGGCGGUUUUUGGAUGGAUGUAUCCGACGACUAUUAUCUCAACCCACAGGCCGACUUCUCCUUCAGACAGGGGACCUCCGAUAAUGCAUCCUUUGAGGAGAGUCUUCUAGCCAUCCCCUCAUUGGAGACGGUGCCUCGGCUGGACCUCAGUGGACAAACCCUUCCUGUUCUCACCCCUCCUCCCUCCAUAUUGCGACGCUUCGUAGGCACGACGCAUCUAGCUCUUAAUGAAGAUCGUCUACAGCUACUAGACGACAUCGCAGAAGACACUCAGCUAUUCCCCCAACUCGAGUGCAUCGAGUUAGUCGCUGUCUCCUUGCUGAAUGAGCCCAAGGAGAUAGUGAUCUUGCACGCGCUUCAAGACGCUCGCGAUGAUCGCCCGAGCUUGAUCAGGUUAUUGCUGCGCAAAUGUUCCGUCAGGGAUGAGACGUUUGCUCGAGCUGUGUUCGGGGAAGGCAACGUACAGAUGAUAGAAUCCGAUUAA